UUUCUCUGCUGCACCACGCUCAAGCACCCAGUACACUAAGCACCAAUGAUUUUUCUAGGAUGGAGGUCCACUGAGAUGCUGGCUGUUUCCCUCCUGGGACUGCUGACUUUCAAUGCUCAUCCGUCGACUGCAGCAGCAGCGGCACCAACUGCAACCGAGCUCACGGUACGGGUCCGAAUGUCCGACGGGUCGGUGAAGCGCGUGCAGGCCCAGGCACGGGACACCGUGGAGGACGUCUGCGAGCGGUUGGGAUGCGAGCCCGAGGCGGGCGUUGCGAUCGAGGAAGACCCAGAGACGGCGGUGGAAGUCUCGUCCACGCUGAAGGAGCUGUCGGUGGGGCACGGUGGUUGGCUCUACAUGCUCAGGGAUCCGGACGACCCCGGGGCGGAUACGGCGGCGGCCAUCCGGAGGAUGAAAGAGGCGAGGACGAGGGCGAUCCAGGGGGGCGGGGUGAAGGAGGUCAAGACCCUCAAGGCCCUUCAACAAGAGCUCAAGGCGGCCAAGGGCAUGCUGGUCGUCGUCGACUUCUACGCGGAUUGGUGCGGCCCAUGCAAGCAAAUCGCGCCCGUAUAUAAGGAGAUGGCGAAGGAGUUCCCGAAGGCUGUCUUGCUCAAGGUUAACGUCGACACCAACAAGGAGACGGCGCAAAAGUACGCGGUCCAAUCCAUGCCGACUUUCGUCAUGAUAAAGAACGGGAAAAAGGUGGACGAACUCAAGGGCGCGGGGGAGGACGCGCUGCGACAAGCAAUCUCCCGAAACGCGUGAUCGGGAAUGUGUCCAGGCUGUGGCUGAACCAUGGGGGAAAAAUACGCACCUGCUGCGUGUAGGGUUCCGGUUCUGGUUUGGAUGAGAGGUUCUCCAAAACCUACAUUUUUUUGUGUUGGGACAAGCGCUUGUGGUGGAGCAAUCCGGCUUUGAGAAUCUGUCUGUGUACGGGGAGGCAUCUGUCCGCCCCUUACGGUACCACUUCACGUCUUCACCUCACGACGACGGAUAAAUCCUCGUAAAAAUCAUCAACCGCAGCAGAGUUGGCAUUGACCAAAGGUGAGGUGUACAACCAAGAAACGAUCAGGUUUCUCGGGUUGCCAAUUUCCAACAACGUAAUCGAUUGAAAUCCGUAUGAUGGUCGUGGACUAAUGAAAUACCAGUGGAGGGCGUGCACCAGAAUCCUUCUAUGUACAACUCAGUUCGUAUCUGCA